GGAGAGCAAAGCAGAAGUAGCCACCGCCUCCAGCAGGCCAUACACAUCGCAGCAGCCUGCAAACGAUAACCGUAUCCCCCGCCCGCCCGUCAGUGCGUCCGCCUCCCACCCAAUGACGGCGUCACUACCCCCAUUCUCCCUCGGAGCAGCCUUCAGCCCCCCUACCAUUGCAAGAGGGCCUCUACAGAGCCGAACACACCCUGCAGACGACAUCACAGCCCAGAACACAGCCGCAAGCAGCGGAUGCAAGAGUGGUGCUGCGCUGUUGGGAGAGGGCCGCCGUGGUUUCUACGCACCAGCCCCUCCACCGCAGAGGGGCCUGCCGAAUCUGGCAGCUGUGCAGAGCGAGACAGCACGCCGUGGCGUCAGCAGCAAUGUGUGUGACGAGAGCCUGGACGGAGAGUGGGAUAGUCUGUUUGGGGAUGGCUUGGAUGGCUUGGGGCUCAAGAGAAAGCGUGAGGAGUCCCGGGAUGGCGACCAAGACGGCGUCAGUCUGUCCUGGGACCAUAGCUCUCAGGUGCUGUGCAGUGCAGAGCAGUGCAGUGGCUUCGUCGCAUCAAUGAGCAGAGAAUCAAUCAAUUGUCUGGUGGGUGGGUGCAGGAGUGGCGCUGCCAUUACGUCGAGCGGGGCAUCGCGAGAAUGAAGAUUUUCCCUCAGAGAGUGAGUGAGAAGUCUCCACGCAGUCGAGCAUCCUCUCCCAUUGAUUGUCAUCAAUUGUCUGUCCGGUCAGCUGCACGGCAACGAUGCAAAGCGUCUGGCGGAUUCGUUCAUGCAGGACGUGGUGGACUCGCGUCUGCUUCGUCAGAGGCAGGCCGAGGCGGCCCGGGAGUGGGACUGCAGGUGGACCAGACAGAAUGUGCAGCGGCUGGAGGAGCUGGAACAGGCGCACCAGUACAUGAUGUCAAUGGACAUUGCCGCGCCGGUCACCUCAACGCUGAUCGUACGUAGGGCACUCAGUGAGUGCCAUAGGGAUGGAGGCAUUGAUUGAUGUCUCUCUCUCUCUCUCUCUUGUGUGUGUGUGUCUCACUCCCAUGCAGGCCUAUGCCCGUCAGCGGAAGAGAGUGCCGAAGCCCCGCCGAAGCGAGCCCAAGUCGUUCGGAGAGCUCACCCUCCUCACACACAGUGCCGAAGACGUGUUCCUGGAGGACAUCAGAGCCAUCCAGGCAUAUGACGGGUGUGUCGACCCGCAACUACACACCAACAACGGCAGGCGGCAGCAGGACAAGAGGCCUCAGAGGAGGCGAGACAUGGCUGCUGCUGCUGCUGCUGCUGGCAGUGAGGGCAGUCGACGAUCGCAGGCGGCCAACAGACGGAAGAGUACGGGUGCGGGAAGCCCUGUGGUCUUCAAACACACGGUAUGCUGCAUGUGGAUGCAUGGGCGCACACAAUCACACUUGUGUCUCCAAUGGUUUGUCUCUUCUCAUCGGCAUCAGCACGAGUCGCCACUGCCCCUGGCUCCAAGCAUCGAUGAGGACUUCCCCUUCCCCGCUGCCGAGCCCCUCCUGCUGGACCGCCUCAAGCAGGCCUGCCACCAGUGGAUACAACAAAUCGCCCGCAGCAAGCACGCCAACACGUGGGAGGGCGCUAUGGUGCCGGCACAGACGAGCAGUAGGAGGAAAUCCAGCAACCAGAAGAAGAGAAAGUCGCAGCCGAUGAGCAUACUGGACGCCGUUCGUGAGCGAGUCAAGCGUGCGCGUGACGUCAACGACAUGCACGCCAUUCUGCCGGCUUUGUGGGCAGGCGAGGAGCCGCUGGCGAUGGUGCGUGCAAUAGCGAAGCUGCGGGAGGGCGGGGAGGUUGAGUUGAUGGAGAUGGGGUGUGAGGACGGGUUUCACUUCAAGAUGAGGGGGCUGCGGGCGCUGGCUGUGUGUGGGGGCUAGAUGAAGAUUGGUUCCUUCUGAAGAUGCACGGUUCAUUCA